GGAGAAACGAAAACAUCGCAAAUGAAUGGUGUCACCGAUGUUGACGUUGGCUAUUUAAAAAAAAAAUCAUGACCAUUUAAUCAUAAUCAUAUUCCAUAUAUACUUUUGGCAUAGAAAUUACUAAUACUCCCCUCCCCUUAUUUUUUAAAUGAUCGCUGUGUAGGCCCAAUUCAUGUAAAUGUAUUAAAGUCGGUUUCAUCUCAGCUAAGCCGAAUCAAGAUCCAAAUCGACUUAAGACUUAAGACUCUAUCAUACUCUAUGAUAAACAUAAGUCAUAAGUAUAAGCCAUAGACCUAGGCCGUAAGUGGCGUAAGCCACGGUAAGCCCAAGGCCCGUCAAAUUAGAGGUAAUAUCCGGACAGUCCUUUUGCUUCAAAAUAUAUUUAUAUAGUAUUAUUAUUAUAAUAAUAAUAUUAAUAUGGUAUCAGUAUAGUAUAGUCUGAGUAUGUUAGAGGCAUAGACUAUGGCAAAAUAUUAACUAGAUUCUAAUUCUAACUAUCAUCAACCCACUAAACCUAAAGUCCAGGCUUGGUACUUGGUACCAUACUACAAUUUAAUUGAUGGUAAGUUUGUAGUUGUAUAUUGUUUUGUGUGAAUAAUAAUUAAAAUAGUAACUAUUAACUAAUAAUAUCAGUAGUCAGUAACUUCUGAGUAACUAUUAUAAGGUCAAUCAUUAAUCAUGACCAUAUCCAUAGUCAUCAUAAGCAUUUAGACUAAUUUAUAUUAUCAUAAAUAAGAUCAGGAGAGUAGUGUUUGUGGGUUUUUUUUUCACUUGGUCUUGGUGGAGCCAAAAGAACCCAUAAUUCCAUAAACUUUCUCUUUUAUAAUUUAUAAUGCCCCUAAUCUAAUCAUGCCAUGUACACAAAAAAACUUUCCCUUCACAUGAUAUGAUUCAUGAUGAUAUGGACAGCGGCCAAAGGAUUUUUACUACAUUAAAUCUGAAUGAUGAUACGAUUAAUUGUGGUUUUAAAAUAAGCUCAAAAUAAAGUUAGCACUGGUUCUACCAUUUCUUCUUGAGCCUAUGCCUAUUACUAUUAUACUUUAUGAUCCAUCUCCCAGAUGGCCACAAAUGCAGAUGUUGAUGACCAAAAAAUAAAUGUUGUUUACUACCUCAGGGAUCUCAAUAAAGAAAUUGUUUCAGCUUGGGAGAAUGCGUUUUCAAAAUAUAAAGAUUCAGUUAAGGUAAUACCAUAGGACCAUUUAAUCAUAAUUAAGUUUCAUCUUUUUGGUGCCAUCUCAUUCUACUGUGUUCAGACAGAUAGUGUGUCCUUAUUUCAUUAAAGUAAGUCAUAAAGGGAGAAAAUUGACAUUGAGAUGAUUAGUGUAAAGAAAAGCAGAAGGGAAAAUACAGGUAACCAUAACAGAAGUAGGCCUAUGGCUAUCUAUAAAACAAUCAAGCACUUAGGGUUGAAUUUUUUUUUUACAAUGGCUAAAAUAAUAGGCACAAAAAUGGAAAUAGUUGUACAAAGUCUUUAAUAUCAUUAUCAGCAAAUUUUAUUAUAGCUUUUCUUCAAUUUCCCAAUUUCUACAUGUAACCUGAUUUUUUAAAUUUUCAGCUGAGGCUUAAUUUUCUUAAAUUAUUUAUUGCCUGUUUGUCUCUUUUAGCUUAUAUUUAUUUCAGUAACUAUUAAUUUCUAAUUACUGUUAUUCAUUUACCCAAGGUUUCACGAGGGGACAUCUUUGAAGGUGCACCUGGAGUUGAUGCCAUUGUGAGUUUUUGCUUUGAAUUCUAUCCUAUUUAAUUGGAUAAUUGUAAUUAUUACUUUGUAAACGCAAGUUAAAGUUGGCUCAUAAGUUGAAAAUGAAGUCUCAAAAUAAAAUUUAAAAAGAUGUAAAAACUGCUUCCUCUAAAAGAAUAAUAAUUAUUAAAAAUGCAUUACAUUUUAUUUUUCAUUAAUUUGUGUUAUUUUAGAUUCCAGGUGUAGAAGUGUUAAUGACUUUUCUCCUGAAGAAAUUAUGUUAACUUCUGCCACGAAAACAUAAAUAUUUAUUUGCCUUAUUCUUUAAUUGUCAUCAGGCAUAGUUGAAAAUAAGUUUUAAUGGAACACAUGCAGAGAAGGUAGAAAAAUUAAUUCUGUGCUAGAAUAUUUUCUUCCUUUCAAGGUUUCUCCAGCCAACAGUUUUGGUUUCAUGGAUGGCGGAAUAGACAUGGCUUACAGCCAACACUUUGGAUGGCAGAUGUAAGUAAACAUUAGAUGUAUGCUCAUGAGAGCUGCCAAUGAUGCUGUAAGAGUAGGGUCAGCUAGAUCAGAUAGUUGACAUUUUAAUAAAACUGAAUAAUUACAAAACUUUGUCCAAAGUCUUUAAAAAUUAUAAUUAUAAUAAAUAUUAUUACUCUUUUUAAAUAUUAAACAAUUUAAUGGACUAAAAAUAAUGACAGCCAGACUGUCAUAAGUGCCAAAUCCAAAGUUGUCAUGUCAAGUUACUAUUGUCACUAAAGGAGUUAGUUAAUAUGUGGCUGAUUUCUACAGUAGAGAAAUACUUUAGAUGUUUUUGGUUCACAUUUUUAUAAUUGGAAAAUGUGUCUUGAUUUACAUAUGUAUUUAUUUAGGUGCUGAAAAUGACUGUUUAAUUUAAUCAAAAUAAAUUUCCUUUUAUUUGGACCAAUAAAGAAUCUUAUCUUAUCUUAUCUAAUGUAGAUUUAUCUAGUGAGCAGUAACAGUUAUUUCCCACUAAAAGACUGUUGUUUUUUAAAACUUUAAUAAUAAUAAUAAAAGAGAUUAUUUAAAAAUCACGCUUCAUCCCCCAAAGGCUCUAAGCACGGUACAUACCACAUUGAAGUACAAAAUUUAACAUUACAAAUCUACAUACAAGUAUACCCAUUCUAAGUCUUUCAUACCUUGCAACCAUAAACAACACAGGCCAAUAUACAUCUAAAAGAUAAUAGCUAGAUGGACAACAUCACCUCAGCAGGUGUUUGCCAAAAAAGAUAAGUCUUCAAAUCAGUUUUGAACGACUCCAGUGUCUGGCUAUCACCAUCGUGUCUGGUACUGUAUACUGAAUAUUUUAUUUGAUUACUAUACGAGGUUAAAAAAUGACAAAACUCAGUGUUUGUAAUUUUGGCGCUUAGGACAAUCUUUGUAAGAGGAUGAGGCAGACAGUUUCAACAAAAAAAAACCCAACCAAUUUUGCUAAUUAAGUAUUUUUUAAAACUCUUUCCAGGCAAGAACGUUUGCAGACGCUUCUCCAAGAAAAGUUCCACGGGGAGCUACCGGUGGUGAGAUAUAUCUAUGUAUAUUUAAAUAGUUAAUCAGCCAAAAUCCACAAUGAUCACAUUAAUCAUCGUUAUAAUUUGCUUUUUGUGAACUUGGCUGUGGGUGGGCAGGUGGCAGAUAUAAAUUAAACAUACGAACUCCAAACAAACAAAAACUAAUGCUGUCAUGUAAAAACAGACCUGUUUACUCUUAUGAUUUUGGCGUACAAUUUACGAUUUUGAAGUGUAUAAAUUAUAAAUACUGGACGUUUUUAUUAUUUAUAAAGAUGAUGUAUUGAACGAUUAUGUGAUGAUAUUGUAUGAUUUUAAGAAUUUGAGGGUAAACAGGUCUGUAAAAAUCAUUAGCUGUGGGUUGACUGUGCUCUUGAUAAUAAAUAGAUUAAAUGAAUCAGAAAGUUAUUUUAAACCUAUCUUGUUUGAGUUGUGUUAAGUGCCUUGCUUAUCUUGGUUUUAUUUUGGUUAUGCAGUGUUAUAAAAAAAAAUCAAAAUAUUAAAAUUGUUCAGUCUUGACAAAAUAUAAUGAAUAAAUAUUUUAAGUCUGGCUGUAAUAAAAUUAAAAGACUCCCCCCCCCCCCCCCCCCCCCCCCAGUUGAUCAGUCCGAAAAAAUUCUGCUUUCUUAGUAUUGCACCUUACCAAUGGUUGUAACUAAUUUGUCGCCUGUAACCAUUAUGUAAAGCGUAAUGAAAACUAGAUUGUCUUUCAUUUGACUAGUGAUUGCUUUUUUUUGCUAUCAGUACUUUAUUUUUGAUUACUUUGAUACUUAAAAGCAAGAUUAUUCCUUUUUUUGGCUUUUUAUAAAGAAGAGAAGGCGUGCAUCUCUCGCAAAUUUUUUGUAAUUUUAAAAAAAAAAAGCCCUCCUUUGAUUUACGGUACGUCACCAUAGAGUGGUGGUAUUCACCAUUGAGUGGUGGUAUGUCACCAUCAAGUGGUGGCAUAUCACCAUCAAGUGGUGGUAUUUCACCAUUGAGUGCUGGUAUGUGGCCUUGUGUUAUGUCACCAAUGGCAUUUUGAAUCUCACGACGUGUGCAAGAUCGGUGAACUAGGAGGCAAGGUGGCAGUGCAAUGGAUCCUAGGUCACGUCAACGUCAGUGGCAAUGAGAAAGCGGACUCACUAGCAAUAACUGCCCAGCCUCAACCAGAAGUACCAAUAACUUAUAUGGGAAUAAAGAACUGCUGGCAGACCAUUUCAGGUCAAAGUGGUACAGGCAAUGGGCAGACAAUACGACAGCCAGAGGCGUCUUUUCAAAUUUGCCCACUCCUAGCACACAGGACCCAUGGUGGGGGUUUGGCCGUAGACAACAGAGUUUAGUGACGCAGAUGUGCAUUGAGCACUCCCCACAGGCACAUAUCUCUGGCGGCUAGAUAACAACAGGGACCCUACCUGCCGGCAUUGCAGCCUGGGCCCGGAGACUCUAGCGCACCUGUUAACCAAAUGUCCCUCACUAGAUGUCCCGGGGGAAGCCAGGGCAGUUGGAGAGCCCUACGUGAGGAAAAUGUUGUAUGGCUCAGCUCAGCAGAUGGAGCUGGUAGCCAAUGCACUAGCCGGGGUCAUAAGAGGGUGAUCUCAGACCUCCACCAGAAUAAGUGUGUUAGUUAGUGGUGUCACUUGGAAGUUAAACUUUUUUGUUAAUGUAAUGAAUGCAAUUGAUUAAUCGCCUGCCGUUUCACUAACAUUUUUAUGUCAAACAAAAUUUUAAUUUUUUUUGUUAAUUUUACCUUUUUAAUUAAUAAAAUGUGUUCUCACACGUCCCUUUUUUUUUACUAUUUUAAUUUUUCUGUAGAGCUAUAAUCAAAAAAAAAUUUGCUGUUUAACCCUAGUUAAAAAUAAAUCCAAUGUUUAAAUUUAAAAAACAAAAUUGUCCACCUAUGUCCACUCGAGAUAACCACACUAUUCGACAGGGACAAGCUGUGAUUAUUCCGGCAUAUGGCAGCGCAGGCAGAGACCCCAGUGUGGACUGGUGCAGGUUCAACCACGGUGAGACCAUAGAGUACCUGAUAUCUGCACCGACCAUGAGAGUACCAGAGGUUGUCAAGGAAACUGCCAACGCAUACCUUGCGUUUAGAGCAGUGAUCCUGGCAGGUACGUACACACUCUGAAGUCACAUGGCUGUUCUAAUCAGUGCGUGCAUACACUAAGUCACACCGCUAUUUUAAAUACCCGGUAGUAUGCACACACUCUAACUUGAAUCACUGUUCUAAAUAGUACAUACAUACUCAAGUCACACACUUAUUCUAAAUAGUACGUACGUAUUCUUAAGUCCCACAGCCAUACUGAAUAGUAUGUGCAUACUGCAUGUCACACAGCUAUCCUAUAGAAUACAUACAUACUCUUAGUCACACAGUUAUUCAAGGCUUAGUAUGCACACAUACUAAGCCAUGCAGGUAUCCUAGUUGGUACGUACGUGUUCCAUGUCAGACAGUUAUUCUUGACAGCGUGUCACCUACACACGCUAAGCUUGUUUAAAUUCUACUUUGGAUGCCUACUCACUGGGUAACACACGCCAUACAAUGUGAGUUAAAUACAUCCUUUCUCUUUUAAUUAAGGAGCCAUUUUGGAGGAUUGGGGGUGGGGGUGUUAAAAAAUUGCCCUGACGUCCUUUAUGGAUGGCGGCUAAAGUAAAAAGUAGGCAGUUAUUUCCUUCACGUGGCUGCACUGUUCUUCAAUUCAUUCAAUUAAAAAUCACAGGGAGGUAAUAAAAAAAGUAUUUUUGCAGGGGUUGAGUUAAUAUAAAACAGUACUAGAUUUAAUUUCCACACUCAUCAGCGUAAUUAUCUUAUGUAUCGCCAAGGGCAUGAUUUAAAAUAUAAAGUUUUUGUCAUGUUUGAAACAUUCCUAUAGAAAGGAGUUAUCUUUCCGAACUCUAUAAACCUCCUACUGAAAUGCCUCUGCUCAUUAAACAAGCACUGAUAAAAAACAUUGUCGAAAUCAAUGAGCAGAUGAGUCCAAGCAGAUCAUUGCUAUGAGGGAUUAGCUUGAGUCACACCUUUGUGCUUAUUACAACACACCUUUGUGCUUGAUACAACACACCUUUGUACUUAAUACAGCACACCUUUGUACUUAAAACAACACACCACUGUACCUGACACAACACACCUCUGCACCCCUUACAACACAAUGCACAGAACUCCCAAUAUGUAAUAAAUUUUUUUUUGAAAAUAGAUUUUUGGUGAGACCUGCUUAUCAUUGGUAGCUCGGUGUAUCUUAUCAUUGGCAGCUCGGUGUAUCUUAUCAUUGGUAGCUCGGUGUAUCUUAUCAUUGGUAGCUCGGUGUAUCUUAUCAUUGGCAGCUCGGUGUAUCUUAUCAUUGGUAGCUCGGUGUAUCUUAUCAUUGGUAGCUCGGUGUAUCUUAUCAUUGGUAGCUCGGUGUAUCUUAUCAUUGGUAGCUCGGUGUAUCUUAUCAUUGGUAGCUCGGUGUAUCUUAUCAUUGGCAGCUCGGUGUAUCUUAUCAUUGGUAGCUCGGUGUAUCUUAUCAUUGGUAGCUCGGUGUAUAAUUUCAUUUUUAUUUUUUAAAAACAUUCUAAAACCAAGGUUUUUCAUAUAAAUCCUUUGCAUACAUUUUAAAAUAUUAAUUUUCUUAUGACCCACCCGCUUUUACACCACAGAUUUAUUUUACCAACCAUUUUCAGAAAAACAAAAAGAAUUAUUACACACCUAACGCACUUCCUAUAUUUAAAAAAAAAACCACCAAAAACAAAAAAAAGAAGAAUCUUAUUUAGCACAGUUAUGAGGAAUUUAUUUUGUGAAAUCUGUGGCAUCAUGUUUCCUUCAUCUUCCCCCUUGAAAACAGGAAAAUAUGAUUUUGGGGUGGGGGGGGGGAGUUAGGUUGGAAAAUUUAAUAGAAUGUGUUGUCAUUGGCAAUGAGAUUAUAUGCCAAUUUUCAGCUCGAUAGGAGGAUGGGAAGUUGGUCAAUCAGCUGUCCAAAGAUUUUGCCCUUAACACACAAACAAAAGCGAAGUUAAUAUAAAUGAUAUUAUAAAAGCUCAUUGAAUUAUUAUUAAUCAACUGUAGCGCAACUAAGCACAAUUCUACUGUUCAAAACUUACAUUUAGUUAUAAUAUGUAAACCAAAUUACUAACAGAAAUAAAAGAAAGACUAUCAGCCGGAAACAGUGCAAACUUCAGUAGUCAGAAAAUACUCAAAAGUAAAAACAUUACAAGAGAAACAAAGAAAACUAUUUAUAAAACUGUGAUCAGACCAGUUGUAACAUCUGCAAGUGAAACUUGGACCCCUAACAAAAACAGCAGAAAACCUAUUAAACACAUGGGAGAGGAAAGUUCUCAGGAAAAUAUAUGGGCCAACAAAGGAUGAAUAUGGAUGGAGAAUACGAACCAACCAGGAAUUAUACAGUCUAUAUCAGGAUCCCAUGAAAGUGGCAGAAAUAAAAAGAAGCAGGCUACGCUGGGCAGGACACCUAGAGAGAAUGUCAAAUGACAGAGGAACGAAGAGGGUACAUCACCAAUACCCCAGAGGAAAAAGGCUCAAAGGCAGACCUAGGCUUAGGUGGAUAAAUGAUGUAGAAAAAGAUCCACAGCAGCUGAAAGUCCAAUCAUGGAAAAGAAAGGCAUUAGUUAGGUCUGAGUGGAAGGAAGUGGUGAGGUAGGGCAAAGCGCCACAGGGAUGGAUGUAAACCAAAUACGCUUUACAUGAUGACCACAUAAUAUUUCCUCAUCAGUUGAAGAGCACAACAGCAACAAACAAGACAUCAACCCUUUUAAGCCUAUCAAACGUGUCCUUGUCCCAGGCCUGGCAACAAUGGUUGGGAGAAUGCCGGCAAAGAGAUGUGCCUAUCAGGUGAGCUCAGUCACUUAUAAAUUAAUUGAAUUGCUGGAAUAAGUAACAGAUGUGAGUUGUACCAUUCAAUUUUGUGUACCUAAAAUCUGCCGUCUUCCUAGACACCCAAAUGAACUUCACAGAGAGGUAAUCUUUGUUUCUGUAUCUGUUCUUAUCUUAAUGAAAAAUUAAUUACAUUUAAGUCAAUUUAAAAAUUUUCAAGAAAGGUGUGUUUAUGUACAGUAUUUACUAUUAUUAUAAUUUGUUCUUCGCAUGUGAAGAUGACAGAGGCAAUUUUCGACUUGAGUAGUAGCAUCGACCUGAGUAGUAGCCUCGACCUGAGUAGUAGCCUCGGCCUGAGAUGAAUGUUGUUUAAAGUGAGGGAGAGUUGCUUAAUUCCUCUGCCCUACUCUCUUCCUCACCGAUUUCAUCCAAGACUCGGUCAAUGGACUGGACAUAGUCCAGCGUACAGUAGACGACCAGCCUUGUUUCAUUUUUUAUCUCACUGUCCUCUUUAUGAAUUCUACCUAACAGGAGUUUUCAGCAGGAGUUGUGUCGGAACUUUCGCUGUGCCACAAGUAACUCCAAGUUUUUUUGUUUUUUUUUCUUUUAUGUAUCAUCAGAUGCUUCAAGCCUAUGAGACUUUUGUUGAAGGAAAGCAUAAUUUCAGAAGAAAGCCAAAAAAGCUAGGAGACAUGUUCAACGACCAUGAGACAAUGAGUGUCAAGUGAAAUAAAGAAAGAAAGAAUUCAAGCCUUAUUUCAGUGGCUCAAAUUUUGUUGUUCAAUGUGCUAAAAAUAGAAUCGUGCCAUAUAUUGUUGUGAGUUGAGACCUUCUAACGUUAGAUUAUUUUUAACAGAAAAGGAUUGAAGGUUUCAAUGUUAUGU